AUGGUGUCGAGCGCCAACACCUGGGUGUGGUUAGCGGUGGUGCUGCUAGUCACCCUACUGCGCUAUGUCUCCCGAACGUUGCAGAUGGGAGUGCCCCGCCAUCUUCAACUCGAGGACUUGUUGAUGUGCUUUACUGUUGUCUUCUACAUCUUGCUGACCGUGUUCUUGAUUGAAGUGCAAAAGCAUGGCACCAACGAGAUCCCCAGAGACCAAUUCGGUGACAUCGAGCCCUCCUCCAUCCCAGACCGCAUCACAGGUAGCAAGCUGGUCAUUGUGGUGGAGCAGAUGUGGCUAGCCACCAUUUGGGGUUGCAAGGCUUGCCUGCUGCUCCUGUAUUCAACCAUGACCUCCGGACUCUCGCAGCAUCGGAUCGUGAAGAUCAUCGGUGCCUUCUGUGCCCUUAGCUUCGUCAUUGUGGAGAUCUUAUUCUUUGCCGCCUGGUGUCGUCCCUUUUCCGCAUACUGGUCCGUGCCGCCGAAGAACCUCCAGUGUUCCGUCUAUCGCAAUCACUUGAUUUUGGUACUCACACUGAAUAUCUCAACUGACCUGAUGAUCAUGGCCAUUCCGCUACCCCUGCUGGUAAAGGCGAAACUUACUUUGGCCAAGAAGGUCACGCUUUGCGCAGUCUUCUCCCUGGGUGCUUUUGUGAUUCUGUGCUCAAUUCUGUCCAAGUACUACUCCCUGUCUAAUCCAUAUGGCGACCAAUGGGUGGACUGGUACGUCCGCGAGGCUGCCACAGCAGUGAUCGUGGCCAACAUUCCUCAAACCUGGACUCUGUUUCGCCGACUGUUUAAUUGGCGGGCGUUCCUGGCCCAUUCGUCAUACGACCGCAGCCAUGGAAAAUACACCAGUCGCUUGGACAGCUCGACCAUCCAUUUAUCCCGCUUCCGCGCCGGCGAUAAGUCCCAGGGCCGGUCUACGAUCGACCCAACCGAAUCCGGCGAGUACAUUACUCGAGAGCAGCCGUUGGAGAUUUGGAAGCAUCGCCAGUUCCACGUCACAAAUGAGCCCGAAGAGUUGCGGAAGAGCAGCAGCCUGAGCCAAAGCAGUAGUGGUAGCGUGGAAUUCGACACGACCGGAUACCAGACGCAGCAGUCGCGGACAAUCGUGACAGCAACUGAAUGAUUUAGCUGUGAUCCUCGGUCAACCGGUAUGUAGGAGAUUUUUG